ACUUAUGUCUGAGGUAUGCCUAUCAGGGUUCUUGGUGUUUGUUGGUCUAUUAUGUUCUAUUAUCCUUAUUUGAUUCUUGUUCAGGCCUCACACAAGAAUCUGAUGUACAUAUUGUUCGACGAAAUGCCCCAGUGACUAAUUGCGGCUACAUUCUAUCUCAGAAUCGAACAUGGCAUGGAUAGCAUUAAUCUCAUCAGUGCUAGUGCUCUGGUUUGCUUCUCUCUGCAAAGUUUUUCUAGAAUCUCUGUCCUUCUCAAAAGCAACAUUCUUAAACGAUGGUGUGAGUUCUAGAAGGAGAAAUAUCUUGUUGGUUAUUGCUCAUCCUGACGAUGAGUCUAUGUUCUUUGCUCCUGUGAUUAAUUACGUGACUUCCAGGCAUCAUAAUGUACACAUACUUUGCAUGUCAACUGGCUUUGUGGAUCUUUUGAGAAUUUUCUCAGACCUUACAACACUUUUUGGUAAUGUAGGCAAUGCAGACGGCAUGGGAAGUAUUAGAAAAGAAGAGUUAUACCUGGCCUCCGUGGUUCUCAAGAUCAUUACAUUUGAGGAUUACGGCAUAUCUGGUCAUUGCAACCACUGCGACGUUCAUCAAGGAGUAAGAAAGUUGUUGCACGAUGCUUCAGGGAGACACCUCGAGGCCUGGGCGAUUGUAAGCCCUAACAUAGUGCGCAAGUACAUCGGACCAGUAGAUAUUUGGUUAUCCAUCUUGUUUAGCAGACUUAAAAAAGACGGACCAUCAUAUUGCUUGCUUAACUUAGAUCUCCGUAAAGGUUAUGCAGCUAUGGCUCAGCAUUUCAUCCAAUGGGUUUGGAGGUCAAAGAUCGUGCUUCCGUCUGGGAAGUUAAUAGAGAUAACAGAGGAGGAUGUGUACCGGGUGUUUGGGUUUACUUGCAGUGAUAAGAAGAUUAAUCUAUUGCGCAAGGAUGAGACUAGUGAUUUAUAUGACGAGUGGGCAAUGCGUAACCAUCACCGAAAAUGGACCUUAAACCAUCGCCCACCAUCAACAUAG